AUGCCUCCUAAGAAUAGAAAAUUUGAAUGUGAAAAUGAUAUACGUAAGAAAAAGAAAAAAAUUGAAGAGUUAAUUCAAUCUCAAGUAGGAGCUCUUGAUAAAUUUUUAAUCAAAGAACCACAAGUUUCAAAUGAAAGUCGUUAUGUUGAUAAUAUUGAUAGUUUGCCUAUUGAAAAUGGUAAUCUUGAUAGUGUGCCUAUUGAAAAUGAUAAUCUUGAUAGUGUGCCCAUUGAAAAUGAUAAUCUUAAUAGUGUGCCCAUUGAAAAUGAUAAUCUUGAUAGUGUGUCAAUUGUUGAUGAAGUUAAUAAUGAUGAUGAUGCCGAUGAUGAUGAUAAUGUUGAUUAUGAUAUAUUUGAUCCAAGAAAUUGGGAUCGUCUUCAACCUAAACUGAUUGAUUUAUUAGUUGUGAAAGAUCCUAAAAGAGAUAAUUCUAUUGUGAAGAGUCCUAGAGAUAGUUUGAAUAGACGUUUUACGGCUAAUUUGUAUACUAGAGCUUUAGCAAAUGGAGAGAAUGAGUUGAUUUCACUGCUUGGUUCUGCGAUUAAAAUUGAAAUCAUUAGAAAAAUCAAACAGACAAAGUAUUUUUCAGUGAUACUUGAUUGUACUCCUGAUGUUAGUCACCAAGAGCAGAUGUCUUUGAUAAUAAGAUAUGUGGAUAUUUCUUCAGCUUCUGUUAGUAUUGAAGAAUCAUUUUUACGAUUUUUGAAUGUGAAUGAUACAAGUGGUCAGAGGCUUUUUGAUGUUUUACAAAAUGAAUUGAAAGAACUUGGUCUCGACCUAUUUGACGUGAGAGGGCAAGGUUAUGAUAAUGAGUCCAAUAUAAAAGGAAAACGCCAAGGUGUGCAAAAGAGAUUUUUAGACAUAAAUCCGAGAGCCUUUUAUACUCCUUGUGGUUGUCAUAGUCUUAAUUUGGCAUUGUGUGAUAUGGCUAACUCUUGCAUUAAAGCUAGAAUUUUUUUUGGAGUUGUUCAACGCAUUUAUACAGUUUUUGCCAAUUCUACUAAGAGAUGGCAAAUUUUGAAAGAUAAUGUAAAAGGGUUGACUCCAAAAUCAUUGUCAUCCACUCGUUGGGAGAGUCGUGUAGAAAGUGUCAAAGCUAUAAGAACUCAAAUAUUAGAAUUUACAGAAGCUUUGCUUGAAGUGUCAGAAAAUGAUCUUGAUCCUAAAAUACAAAAUGAAGCUAAAUCCUUAGCAACAAAUGAGCUUGGUGAUUUUGAGUUUUUGAUGGCUCUAAUUAUUUGGUUUGAAAUAUUAUCUGCAAUUAAUUCUGUUAGUAAGCUUUUAUAG